GAUGCCACAGUCUUUUGUGGAAGGUGAACUCGAACGAACGGUCGACCGGGGAGUAACGUUUUGUCGGAGUUUUUGCGCGAGCGUGUGUCUGUAUUUCUGUGUAUGCGUGUACGUUGUUUUGGCUACGGUUUAUACGGUGCGCCCACUCACACCCCCGCAAACCGGUCCAAUCGGUGGUGGUUCCGUGUGCUUCAGACGCCCUCGUGUGUGUGUACCUUGGUGUGCGUGCAGAUUCUUCUUCUGCGCAAAAAGAGUGAAUAAUAGUAUGCAAAAGCGAUCAAUCGACCAAUCCGCCAAUUAAUUAACAAUAAAAAGAGCAGGGCAAAUCAAGUGCAGUAGCAGCAGCAGCAGGAGCAGCAGGCGUCUCUGUGGUUUUUUUUUGUGUGUGUGUGUGAGGCAGAUCUUGGACAGAGUCGCCACCCCCGUGGAUUAGUGGCACCCUGUUACCAAUUUUGCUGCACCACUCUCACUGUGUUGUGUGUGUGUCUGAAAAAACAAUCAAUUCUACAACAAUUUCAACAAUAAACGAUCAGUCCGAUACGCGUCCUUCACACAGAGAAGGAGACCACUCGCUGAGCGGAAAUAUGGCCCAUACUAUGGACAUGCCCAACGAACGGCUCAAAAGGCUAAUGCUGUACGCAGCUGUUGCCCUCAUCGCUUGUGGCAGUCAGACUUUGGCUGCCAAUCCACCAGAUGCCGACCAGAAGGGACCCGUCUUCCUCAAAGAGCCCACCAACCGCAUUGACUUCUCCAACUCCACCGGCGCCGAGAUCGAGUGCAAGGCCAGCGGCAACCCCAUGCCCGAGAUUAUCUGGAUACGCAGCGAUGGCACUGCCGUGGGCGAUGUUCCCGGUCUGCGCCAGAUCUCAUCCGACGGCAAGCUGGUCUUUCCGCCCUUCCGUGCUGAGGACUACCGCCAGGAGGUGCACGCCCAGGUCUACGCCUGCCUGGCCCGCAAUCAGUUCGGAUCCAUUAUAUCGCGGGAUGUCCAUGUGCGAGCCGUGGUGCCACAGUCCUACACCGUCAAUGUCAUGGACGAGUCCAUUCUGCGCGGCAAUAGCGCCAUAAUGAAGUGCCACAUACCCAGCUUCGUGGCCGAUUUCAUAGUCGUCGACUCGUGGGUGGAGGACGAGGAGCGUGAUAUAUAUCCGCAAGAAGAUAUCACAGCCAGCGAUGGCAAAUAUCUGGUACUGCCCUCUGGAGAACUGCAUAUCCGCGAAGUGGGACCCGAGGAUGGCUACAAGAGCUACCAGUGCCGCACCAAGCAUCGUCUGACUGGAGAGACACGACUGAGUGCCACCAAGGGUCGCCUGGUCAUCACAGAGCCCGUUGGCAGCGUCAGUCCCCAGUUGAGCGGCAAUGGGAAUCAGGAGCACAUAACACUCCUUCGUGUCCCAAUGAUGGGGAGCGUCACACUCAUGUGCCCGGCACAGGCCUAUCCAGUGCCAUUUUUUAGAUGGUACAAAUUCAUCGAGGGCACAACCCGCAAACAGGCCGUGGUGCUGAACGAUCGCGUGAAGCAGGUCUCUGGAACUCUCAUCAUCAAGGAUGCCGUCGUCGAGGACUCUGGGAAAUAUCUGUGCGUCGUCAACAACUCGGUGGGUGGCGAAAGCGUUGAGACCGUCCUAACCGUUACGGCCCCCCUGUCGGCGAAGAUCGAUCCACCCACACAGACCGUGGACUUUGGCAGACCGGCCGUGUUCACCUGCCAGUACACGGGUAAUCCCAUCAAGACCGUCAGCUGGAUGAAGGACGGCAAGGCCAUGGGACACAGCGAGCCCGUGCUGCGCAUCGAGUCGGUCAAGAAGGAGGACAAGGGCAUGUACCAGUGCUUUGUGCGCAACGACCAGGAGUCGGCCGAGGCUAGUGCCGAGCUGAAGCUCGGAGGCCGCUUCGAUCCCCCCGUCAUCCGGCAGGCCUUCCAGGAAGAGACCAUGGAACCGGGCCCCAGUGUGUUCCUCAAGUGUGUGGCCGGCGGCAAUCCCACGCCCGAAAUCUCCUGGGAGCUGGAUGGAAAGAAGAUCGCCAACAACGACCGCUACCAGGUCGGCCAGUACGUCACCGUCAACGGGGACGUGGUCUCCUAUCUGAACAUCACAUCGGUGCAUGCCAACGACGGCGGUCUCUACAAGUGCAUUGCCAAGAGCAAGGUGGGCGAGGCGGAGCACUCGGCCAAGCUGAAUGUCUACGGCCUGCCCUACAUCCGUCAGAUGGAGAAGAAGGCGAUCGUCGCGGGCGAGACCCUGAUUGUCACCUGUCCCGUUGCUGGCUAUCCCAUCGAUUCGAUUGUCUGGGAGCGUGACAACCGCGCCCUGCCCAUUAACCGCAAGCAGAAGGUCUUCCCCAAUGGAACGCUGAUCAUCGAGAACGUGGAACGCAACUCGGACCAGGCCACCUACACGUGCGUAGCCAAGAACCAGGAGGGUUACUCCGCGCGCGGCUCCCUGGAAGUCCAAGUCAUGGUCCCACCGCAGAUAGUGCCCUUUGACUUUGGGGAGGAGACCAUCAACAUGAACGACAUGGUCUCGGCCACCUGCACGGUCAACAAGGGCGAUACGCCCCUAGAGCUGCACUGGACAACGGCCCCGGAUCCCACGACCGGUGUGGGCCGGCUGAUGUCCAACGAUGGCAUCCUGAUCACCAAGACCACGCAGCGGAUCAGCAUGCUCAGCAUCGAGUCGGUGCAUGCCCGGCAUCGGGCCAACUACACCUGCGUGGCACGGAAUGCGGCCGGGGUCAUCUACCACACGGCAGAGCUGCGUGUCAACGUGCCACCAAGAUGGAUUCUUGAGCCCACCGACAAGGCCUUCGCCCAGGGAUCCGACGCCAAGGUGGAAUGCAAAGCCGAUGGAUUCCCCAAGCCCCAAGUAACCUGGAAGAAAGCAGUUGGCGACACACCCGGAGAGUACAAGGAUCUGAAGAAGAGCGACAACAUUCGGGUGGAGGAGGGAACCCUGCACGUGGACAACAUCCAGAAGACCAACGAGGGCUACUAUCUGUGCGAGGCCAUCAACGGCAUCGGCUCAGGUCUCUCCGCCGUGAUCAUGAUCAGCGUGCAGGCCCCACCAGAGUUCACGGAGAAGCUGCGCAACCAAACCGCCCGACGAGGCGAACCCGCCGUCCUGCAGUGCGAGGCCAAGGGCGAGAAGCCGAUCGGCAUCUUGUGGAACAUGAACAACAUGCGCCUGGACCCCAAGAACGACAACCGCUAUACGAUCCGUGAGGAGAUCCUCUCCACCGGCGUCAUGUCCAGCCUCUCCAUCAAGCGCACCGAACGCUCCGACUCUGCUCUGUUCACUUGUGUGGCCACCAAUGCCUUUGGAUCCGACGAUGCCAGCAUCAACAUGAUUGUCCAAGAGGUGCCCGAGAUGCCCUACGCCCUGAAGGUCCUCGACAAGUCCGGCAGAUCCGUGCAGCUGAGCUGGGCCCAGCCCUACGACGGAAACUCUCCCCUCAACCGCUACAUCAUCGAGUUCAAGCGCUCCCGCGCCUCCUGGAGCGAGAUCGAUCGCGUCAUGGUCCCCGGCCACACCACCGAAGCCCAGGUUCAGAAACUCAGCCCCGCCACCACCUACAACAUCCGCAUUGUGGCCGAGAACGUGAUUGGCACCUCGCAAUCAUCGGAGGCCGUCACCAUCAUCACCGCCGAGGAAGCUCCGUCUGGCAAGCCGCAAAACAUCAAAGUGGAGCCCGUGAACCAGACCACCAUGCGCGUGACCUGGAAGCCCCCACCACGCACCGAAUGGAACGGCGAGAUCCUGGGCUACUAUGUUGGGUACAAGCUAUCCAACACCAAUUCUUCGUACGUCUUCGAGACCAUUAACUUCAUCACCGAGGAGGGCAAGGAGCACAUCCUGGACCUGCAGAACCUGCGCGUCUACACCCAGUACUCGGUGGUCAUCCAGGCAUUCAACAAGAUCGGAGCAGGACCUUUGAGCGAAGAGGAGAAGCAGUUCACGGCCGAAGGCACACCGAGCCAGCCGCCCAGCGACACCUCCUGCACCACUCUCACCUCCCAGACCAUACGCGUUAGCUGGGUAAGCCCCCCCUUGGAGUCGGCCAAUGGCGUGAUCAAGACCUACAAGGUUGUAUAUGCCCCCAGCGAUGAGUGGUAUGAUGAGACCAAGCGACACUACAAGAAGACCGCCUCCUCCGACACCGUUCUGCAUGGCCUGAAGAAGUACACCAACUACACGAUGCAGGUGCUGGCCACCACAGCCGGAGGCGAUGGCGUUCGCAGCGCCCCCAUUCACUGCCAAACUGAACCAGAUGUUCCCGAAGCACCCACCGAUGUGAAGGCUCUGGUGAUGGGCAACGCUGCCAUCCUCGUCUCGUGGCGUCAACCGGCGCAGCCCAACGGCAUCAUCACCCAGUACACCGUCUACUCGAAGGCCGAGGGCGCCGAGACUGAGACGAAGACCCAGAAGGUGCCCCACUACCAAAUGAGCUUCGAGGCCAGCGAGCUGGAGAAGAACAAACCGUACGAGUUCUGGGUCACGGCCAGCACCACCAUCGGCGAGGGUCAGCAGUCCAAGAGCAUUGUGGCCAUGCCCAGCGACCAGGUGCCCGCCAAGAUUGCCUCCUUCGACGACACGUUCACCGCCACCUUCAAGGAAGACGCCAAGAUGCCCUGCCUGGCUGUCGGCGCCCCCCAGCCCGAGAUAACCUGGAAGAUCAAGGGCGUCGACUUCAGUGCCAACGAUCGCAUGCGCCUUCUGCCCGACGGCUCCCUGCUGAUUAAGUCCGUGAACCGUCAGGAUGCCGGAGACUACUCCUGCCAUGCCGAGAACUCCAUUGCCAAGGACUCCAUCACCCACAAGCUGAUUGUGCUGGCACCGCCCCAGUCACCCCAUGUCACCCUCUCGGCCACCACCACCGAUGCCCUGACCGUCAAGCUGAAGCCCCAUGAAGGAGACACCGCUCCCCUGCAUGGCUACACCUUGCACUACAAGCCAGAAUUCGGCGAAUGGGAAACUGCUGAGGUGUCUGUGGACUCGCAGAAGCACAACAUUGAGAGUCUCCUCUGCGGAUCCCGCUACCAGGUCUACGCCACAGGAUUCAACAACAUUGGUGCCGGCGAGGCGUCCGACAUUCUGAACACCCGCACCAAGGGCCAAAAGCCCAAGCUGCCAGAGAAGCCGCGCUUCAUUGAGGUCUCGUCCAACUCCGUCUCGCUGCACUUCAAGGCCUGGAAAGACGGCGGCUGCCCCAUGUCUCACUUCGUGGUUGAGAGCAAGAAACGCGAUCAAAUCGAAUGGAACCAGAUCUCGAACAACGUCAAGCCCGACAACAACUACGUGGUGCUCGACCUGGAGCCCGCCACCUGGUACAACCUCCGCAUCACUGCCCACAACUCUGCCGGCUUCACCGUGGCCGAAUACGACUUUGCCACUCUGACCGUGACCGGAGUCACCAUUGCCCCCCUGGACGAUGGCCUCGGCCAUGGCAAUGUCCACACCCGCAUCCGCCUGCCCGCCUGGAUGCCCGAGUGGCUGGACCUCAACUUCAUGGUGCCGCUGAUAGCCACCGUCGUGGUGGUUGCGGUGGGCAUCUGUGUGGUGUGCGUGGCCCUGUCCCGACGACGAGCCGACGACCUGCGCGGCGGCCAGAAGGAUGUCUAUUACGAUGUAGUUUACAAUCAGACAAUGGGACCCGGCGCCACCCUGGACAAGCGCCGCCCGGACCUGCGCGACGAGCUCGGCUACAUAGCGCCCCCCAACCGGAAGCUGCCCCCCGUGCCCGGAUCCAACUACAACACCUGCGACCGGAUUAAGCGAGGUACAGUCAUAAGCGGCCGCGGUGGCUUGCGCUCGAACCACUCCACGUGGGAUCCGCGUCGCCCCAACCUGUACGAGGAGCUGAAGGCCCCGCCAGUGCCCCUGCACGGCAAUCAAUAUGGUCAUGCCCACGGCAACGCUGAGUGCCACUACAGGCAUCCAGGCAUGGAAGAUGAAAUCUGCCCCUAUGCCACCUUCCACCUGCUCGGAUUCCGCGAGGAAAUGGAUCCCACCAAGGCCAUGAACUUCCAGACCUUCCCGCACCAGAACGGACACACUGGCCCCGUGCCCGGCCAUGCUGGCACCAUGCUGCCACCCGGACACCCAGGACAUGUGCACUCACGAUCGGGAUCUCAGUCGAUGCCUCGCGCCAAUCGCUACCAACGCAAGAACAGCCAGGGCGGACAGUCAUCGAUCUACACUCCAGCUCCUGAAUACGACGAUCCAGCCAACUGUGCCGAGGAGGAUCAAUAUCGUCGCUACACUCGCGUCAACUCUCAGGGCGGUAGCCUGUACUCUGGACCCGGACCCGAAUACGAUGAUCCAGCCAACUGUGCCCCCGAGGAGGAUCAGUAUGGCUCCCAGUACGGCGGCCCGUAUGGACAGCCCUACGAUCAUUACGGCUCUCGUGGAUCCAUGGGACGCCGCAGCGUUGGCUCUGCUCGCAAUCCUGGAAAUGGCUCGCCCGAGCCUCCACCACCGCCUCCACGCAACCAUGACAUGAGCAACUCCUCAUUCAACGACUCCAAGGAGAGCAACGAGAUCUCAGAGGCUGAGUGCGACCGCGAUCACGGACCACGCGGCAACUAUGGCGAAGACACCAAUGAGGCUGUGAAGCGAUCCCCCCAACCGAAAGAUCAGCGCACCACCGAAGAGAUGCGUAAACUGAUUGAAAGUCGUCGACAGUUAAACGAAGCCGGCCCAAAACAACUCCAACUCCAACAACAAGCAAAUGGCGCAGGAUUCACAGCCUACGAUACUAUGGCAGUGUAAUUUGUAAGCGACUCCCGCCAGCAGCGAUGGGCGUGGCAUUGUAGCUUAGUGGUUUUAGGUGCAUGAAGUGCGUGGGAGUUGAAUGACCCUCGGACCCAACACAACACAACAGAACACAACACACAGACAGACAUACAUACAUAAACGCAUCAUCAGCAUUUCGCAAUGAAAUCUAAGAAAUCGGAGAGAAAGUGAAUUAUACAGCGCAUAUAGAAUGUGCACGCAUACAAUUAUUCAACUACUCGUAUUUCAAGUAUUUAUAACGUAAAGAAAGUAAAUUUCAACAGCAUAUUUAUAGUGUCUAUGCCGUAAACCGUAAACCGUAAACCAAACAUACAUAAAGAUUACAUAUAUACAUCAUACAUAUAUAAAUACCUACUCUAAGUGUCUGCCGCAAAGGAAAGUACUACCAAUUAUACGAGAAGGCGUCGAGGAAGAAACUAAUGAAUCGAGAAAAACAUACUUACAUAUUCGCAUAUGAAUAUUUGGAACGGAACUAAUUUUUAAUAUUGUAUUUUAGUUUUAAGCGAGACCUACCAAAAUAUCAGCGAAAAGCAUCCUUGUGUGUACCGAGGAGGUGCACGUCGCACGCCACUCCUCUGCCAUCUACGCCAAGAGCAGACAACUCAUCCUUUGCCUAGCCUAAGUCAGAGUCAUAAUAUUAAUAUAUUUAGUCAUAUACGGAUUGUAUAAUUUCGCCUAUACGUUUGGUAAUUUGAACGAACAGCGCACAGUUUUGUUUUUUUUAUUUGUGUUGCGUUUUGCGUUGACUUGUGAUGAUUUUUAAUUUGUAGAAUUGUGUCAGUCAGUAGUUGUAUUCGUGUUCGUUUUCUUUUAAUCAUUAUUUAUACACACAGACAUGUACACACAUACAUUUGUACAUGUGUUAUUUUAACAUAGUUUUAUUCUGAUUUUAAAAUGCGCUUCCAAUAGAACAAAACGAAAACUGUUCAAUGCACAAAAUGCAGCCACAACAUUUUAAAUUGUAUAAUACAACGGAUCCCCAGGACGCCCACACAGACCGACCGACACCCACACUCAUGCACUCUCGCACGAUUUAUUUAGACCAAGAACGAUAUGAUAUAUACAGUUUUGCACAUCGGUUAUACGCAUUUGAAGCUUUAAGGGAAAUGGAAAUUGUUUAUGUCUGGCCAUUUCAAUUUCAUUUUCAUUCGCUCUACCCUAAGUUUCCUAGCUCGUAAGUUUUUAAAUAUAUGAUUUUAUUAUACAUUUUAAUUUGUAUUCUUUUAUUUAUUUGUUGCUUGGUUUUCCGCCACUUUUGCCCUGCAAAUCCGUGGAGCUACCCUCAAAACCACAAAGACUGAACUAUGCAAACUCAACACGAACCGAAACCAAAACCGGCGUAAUCCAAGUACUAGAAUAGCCGACACGAGAGUGCUGAACAGACCGAAGUAAUAAGAUCCGGAGUGGAUUUUAAUACGAAUAUACCCAGACUCUGUGCACAUCACGAACUGCAUUUACCUAAAUCGGGGAAAACGGGGAAACGACGGAAACAUUUAUAGGAAAUUUACAUUCUACUGUUAAGUUCGCUUCAUUUCAUUCGCUUUUAGUUCCCUCUCAAGCUAACCACACUCUAUAUCCACUCUUACCCAGACUACUCUACCAAUUUUAUAUAAAUAUACGAGUAUAUACAAAUACAUAUAUAUAUAAAUGUAGCGUUGUGAGAAAACAAAACCAAACAAACAAAGAGAAGAGAAGAGAAUAAAUCUUGCUUGUGUAUUAUGAGAACUUCAGAUAGAAUGUAUAACAAAUUUUUAUGGUAAACGAACUACAAAUAUUAAGUAGUGUUUAGUGGAAAACAAAAACAAAAGCAUUUAAUCGGUACAACAAAAAUGAUAAGGAAUCACAUACAAAUUUUCGACUAAUUCAAAUAGCAAGCAAUAAUCAGCGAUAAUCAGGUCGGACGACGUUGGAUUUCAGAAAUUGUAACGAAACGAAACCAGAUUUUAAGUACCCACAAAAUAAUUAGAAACUUUUCGGCAAAUCAAAAUCAAAACAAAAUCUAAUAAUUACACUUUUGGCAUUAAAAACGAAUUAAUUCAACAAAGCGGUUUGAGAUUAUAACAACUUAGGCUAAGUACAAAUACCAUUGCAUACAUACAUAUAUGUAUUAACGAUCACGAAAGUGUCAAGUCAUUUUUCAUACUAUACUCGUACCCGUACUCGUACUCGUGUCAUGCAUGCAUAAUCGAAUCAAAUCGAUCGCUUUUUGUGUUGCUUCAUUGCCAAAGGGAAUACGCGAGGGGUAUCCGUAUCCGCGGUAUCCAUUGAUUAAAGAAAAGGCUAUUUUUCAAUUAAACAUACAUACAUAUAUACAUAACUAAUUUUCUACUUAACUUUACAUAAAAUGCAUUAAUCAAAAUUUAACUUCCAUCGCAAAAACAAAAAACAAAACAACUAAAAGAAAGUUACGAGUAAAUGAAAAAGUCAAACACUCACACCAGACACAUAACCGACAUUCAACUUCAACGCACAUCAGACUCAACAUCCACAAGGACCUAAGCAGGAAGAAAAGACAUUGGAAGUAUAUGUAUUGUAUAUCCAAAUGGGACAAGACAAGCAGUUUGAAACGCAUUUAUACUAAUCACUCGCUCCUUCUUAGCAGAAAAAAAUAUUAUACGAAAUUAAGAGAAGAAUCAAUACCCCCAAGAGGCGAAAUUCGUAAUCAUUAAGCGCGGCAUUAUACUACAAAUAUGUGUAUUACUAAUUACAAUUACAAACGCAUACAUAUAUUAACUAUAUUAAAUAUCGAAUGUAUUGAAUUGACAACAAAAGAGACAUGCUUAGGGCGUAACCAUGGCCAGAACGAACCUGCUCUCUACGGGUGGUACGUGUGGUGGUAGCUGGUAGGUGGUAGGGUAGCCCUAUAAGUUUUCGAUCACACUUGCAUGCACAAAAUUUGUCAGUUUCCAGUUUCAGUGUCAUUCGAAUCAAACAGAAACGAAUUCAAAUUAAAUAAAUGCCAAUUUAUGUUGGAUAAAA